AUGUCUGCAGGUCACUCACUGACCUGCUACUCCCCCUUAUCAUCAGUGAGUCUGGACCAUGAAUUUUUUCAUUACACGCGUGACCGAUUCAUUCAAAAUGAAGCGCAGCGAUACAUUCACUUUGACGUUAAGAAGUUAGCACAUGUUGGGGCGGCGGCUGUUGGUGCCAAAUCCUGCUUCAACAUCAAGAAGUACCUUAAUGGCAUAUGCAAUAAAGCUUCCCUACUUACUCUGGACAAUGGCAUGCAAGCUGUGGCAAAUAUUCCUAAUCCCAAUGCCUGCCUUCCUCACCUUACUACUGCCAGUGAAGUAGCGACAAUGGAAUUUGUGCGCAGCGUAUGCAAAACUCCUGUUUCCCAAGUAUAUUCAUGGAACUCGAGGCCAAAUUCUGUAGGCGCGGAGUAUAUCAUUGUGGAGAAGGUUCCCGGCGUGCCGCUAGAUUCAGUCUGGCCUCGCAUAGCUCAACUGACCACACUUGUCGAGGUGAAAUGA